AUGCGCACCCGCAACCCGGCCGACAGGAGCUCUGUCAAGCUGAGGGAGACCCCGCACACUGCACCGCACCUGGCGACCCCUAGGUUAGGUGAUACCUCCGGUUCCUUGACAAAUAACAUGCAGAGAAUGAACGGCAACUGUCUGUGUGUGCUGCUCCUCGCUGUUUUGGCUAUUGUGCUGCCGGUGCGGGGGAAUGUGGCUAACCGUAGGGACGUUGACGAUGGCGACACGGCAACUCCAACCGCUGGCUCAGAUGCCGCUGAGGAUACAGUAACAACUGCUGGAGACUGUAAGGAGGUGCAGUAUCCGUGCACUCGGGUGUACUCCGUACAGAAGCCGGUCAAGCAGUGCAUCAGCUACUUGUGUGUCACCAGUGUACGUCGAGUAUACAUGGUGAACAAGGAGAUCUGUAAGCGGAUUAUGUGUAAGGAGGACGAGGUUAUUCAAGACGAGAAGUGUCGCCAGCUAGCCGGACUUCCACCACGGCGUCUCCCGCCACCAGAGGAAGGGACUGCGGAUGGAAAUGAUACACGCUAAGACUCCAAUGAACCUUAAUCAUAACCCCACCCUGGUAUUAUACAGUCCCGUCCCAUGCCCCAAUCUUCAGAGCACUGACUUUAGAUGAAUAAUGUCACCUUUAUAUCCUUACACUCCCUUCUUCCUAGUAGUAAAAACAGCAUCUCAUAUAAACCCCAUGUUGUGGAUUAUUUACUGUGGCCGGCCUGGCAUUGGGUUGACAAUCAGUGGAACUAUAGGACUCACGAUGGAGCACACUUUUUUUGCCUGCAACUCCAUUCAUUACAGGCCUUCCCUUACAGAGUCAGGGUUAUUCGCGAUAGUACUGAUGGCACUGCUGGCUGCUUGGUCAUUCACACACAGUGAGAACCUGCCAUGAGAGGAAUUUUAGGGUUGUCAUUGCUGACCCCCUUCU